AUGUCUGCCUCGGUUGGUCGAUCCAUCAAACCCUUCGUAUUCGACACCAUGGAGAUGAUGAACAAUGUUCCCUGUUCAAGUGCAACUCCAAGCUGUAAAUUUUUCUUGUGGAAAGACGAUGAAAUAGAGGAGGGGUAUUACAAAGACCAACUUUGUAAGAUGAGGUAUGAGCUACGCAAAAAGGAAGACUACAGUGAGGUUGUGAAGGCUUAA